AUGCCCCAGCCGCCUCAGGACCUGACCAUGGCGGUCUUGGGCUGCGGCACCAUGGGAAUUGCCAUCCUCAACGGCAUCCUCACCUCCCUGGUCGAGAUGCAAGGCCCCAAGCCACUACAAUCUGGCGCCUCCACGCCCUCAGAGGAAGUCCCUCGCUCUCUGCCGUCUCGCUUCAUCGCCUGCGUGCGGACCCCAGAAACCGCGAAAAAGGUCAAGAGCGCGCUGUGGGAGCACUCGUCCAUCCUCAAGGUCGUCCGCAACGACAACCUCGCCGCCGUCCAGCAGUCCCAGGUCAUCCUGCUGACCUGCAAGCCCUUCAUGGUCAAGGAGAUCCUCGGCGCCCCGGGAAUGGCAAAGGCCCUGCACGGCAAGCUCCUCAUCAGCGUCUGCGCGGGAAUCACCGUCGAGCAGCUGGAAAUCGCCCUGCACGGCGCCGUCCCGUCAAAGGACCCCGAGGAGGACGGCCGCUGCAGGAUCGUCCGGGCCAUGUGCAACACGGCCGCCCUCAUCAGAGAGUCCAUGACCGUCAUCAGCGCUACCGAGCCCCCCCUGCCCCUGGAGACGGAGCUGCUGGUCACCUGGAUCUUCAAGCGCGUCGGCGAUGUCGUCUACCUGCCUGCCCGCUACAUGAACGCUUCAACGGCCCUCUGCGGCUCCGGGCCUGCGUUUUACUCUCUGUUCCUUGAGGCUGCCAUUGAGGGAGCCGUCGCCAUGGGUCUCCCCCGUGCCGAAGCAACUAGGAUGGCAACUCAGACCAUGCGAGGAACGACUGGUCUUAUUCAGAGCGGAGAGCACCCGGCUCUUCUCCGCGAGAAGGUGUGCACCCCUGGAGGCUGCACCGUCAGCGGCGUUCUCGUACUGGAAGAGGAGCGUGUGCGUGGAACCAUUUCCAAGGCCGUGCGGGAGGCCAGCUUGGUUGCCAGCCAGCUUGGUAAGAACAUUCAGGUUGCUGCAGUAGCCCCCAGGAAUGACGUUCAUCAACACUACGAUGAGUAG